UCCUCACGCACAUUUCUUUCUCUCCCACAUCCCUCUUUGUUCGUUCUCUUCUUCCCACCUUUCUCUCUGUUUUUUAUUUUUUCUUUCCAGAUAUCAUGGAUGAUUUUCUAGCAUAUUUGAUGGUGGAUGGAGAAGUGACCGGAAACGAUGGAGGUUUGGAAGAUACCCCUUACCUGCGACGGAUGACGGACAACGGAAAUGGAAGAAACGUGGAAGCUCUGGACGUCGAAAAUGGGGGAGCUGUGAACGAAGAAGAUGGAGUUGCGAACGGAAAUGGUGGAUCUGUGAAUGAGGAAGAUAGAUGGUGGUCCGAACAACCCUAGGGACGAAGACUUAGGUGGGACGGGUGGCAGACCUGUGACACAAGGCGUCAACGAAGUUUCGAUAUUUGACGACCGAGAUGAUUACAGCUGUGACGGGAAGAGAAUAGCAGGGAGAACAUGAACACAGAUGUUGAAGGUAUUUUCUUUGACAUACAGACAACUUACAUACUCAGUGUCGGUGUGUACCGACAACUAAUGUCAUUGUGUACAGAGUAGUGUCGGUAUGUAUAGACAACUAAAGAAAUCCUCAUUGAGUUGAUGCAUACCUACAAAGAUGAAUGUUGUAUCUGUGAAUGAGUUAAUCACUAGUGUUCAAUUUACCCUUAUUCAGAUUCUCUAAGUGGAAAAUUUAUAGAGGAGUUAUUUUUAAUGAGUGCAU